AUGACCGCUUUCUUUCUCACCCUUAUCUCUCUCUUUUUUCUUAUCAUCACACUGAAGCUCUUGUUUUACACAACAAGAUUCAAGAACCUUCCACCGGGUCCACCGUUUCUUCCAAUAAUUGGAAACCUUCAUCAACUCAAAAAACCCAUCCACCAUACUUUCCAAACCUUAUCACAAAAACAUGGCCAAAUCUUUUCUCUUUGGUUAGGUUCUCGUCUCGUUGUUGUUGUUUCUUCGUUAAAAACAGCACAAGAAUUUUUUACCAAACAUGACAUCAUUUUAGCGAAUCGACCUCAAUUCUUAUUCGGAAAAUAUAUCAACUACAACUACACCACAUUAAUACAAGCAUCAUAUGGUGACCAUUGGCGCAAUCUCCGUCGUAUAAUAACAACCGAGGUACUCUCAUCUAAUCGUUUAAAUUCCUUCUUGGAAAUACGAAGAGACGAGAUAAUGAGACUUAUACAAAAGCUAGCAAGCGUUUCAUAUCAUGAUUUUUCAGAGGUGGAACUUGCGCCAAUGUUUUCAGAAUUGACAUUCAACACAGUCAUGAGAAUGAUGUCAGGGAAACGAUAUUAUGGUGAUGAUUGUGAUGUGAGUGAUGUUGAGGAAGCAAGGUUGUUUAGAGAGAUAAUGAAAGAGAUUCUGAGUUUAGGAGGAGCAACCAACAUUAGUGAUUUUUUAGGGUUUUUAAGGUGGUUUGAUUUUGAUGGUUUGGAGAAGAGUCUUAAGAGGAUAAGUAAGAGAGCAGAUUCAUUUUUACAAAGACUAAUUGAUGAACAUAGAUUUGAAAAGAGGACCACUAAUACUAUGUUAGAUCAUCUCUUAAAACAACAACAGUCACAACCUGAAUAUUACACAGACCAAAUCAUCAAAGGACUUAUCAUGGUUAUGCUUCUUGUAGGAACUGACACAUCAUCUAUAACUUUAGAAUGGGCUAUGACCAAUUUAUUAAAUAAUCCAAAUAUAUUAAAGAAGGCAAAAGAUGAGUUGGACACUCACGUGGGACAAGACCACCUAGUAAAUGAACAUGAUAUUUCAAAACUUUCUUAUCUUCAAAAUAUUAUUUAUGAGAGUCUCCGAUUACAUCCAGCUGCUCCACUAUUAUUGCCUCAUUUUUCUUCAAAAGAUUUUACAAUAGAAAAAUAUAAUAUCCCACAAAACACAAUUUUAAUGGUCAAUGCAUGGGCCAUUCAUAGAGAUCCAAAUUUGUGGAUUGAUCCUAUAUGUUUUAAGCCCGAAAGAUUUGAGAAAGAAGGUGAGACAAAUAAACUACUUUCAUUUGGAAUGGGAAGAAGGGCUUGUCCAGGAGAAAAUUUGGCUCAUCGCACAAUGAGUGUAACUUUAGGUUUAUUGAUUCAGUGUUUUGAGUGGAAACGUAUAGGUAAAGAUAAAAUUGACAUGGGCGAAAAAAAAGGAGUUACUUUGGAAAAAGAGAUUUCCUUAAAAGCAAUGUGCAAAUUGCAUCAUCCAAUGAAGAUUAAAAAUGCUUUCUAA